AUGCUGUCCCAUCUGUUUAGGUGGUUCUUGAAGAAUUACCAAUAUGUUCUGGCCUUUGUCUUCACCAUUGAGGAGAUCAACAGGAACCCCCAUCUCCUCCCCAACCUGUCUUUGGGUUAUGAUCACUACAAUGCCCUUGAAAGUGACCACAAGACUUUGGAAAGUGCCUUGUUCUGGCUCUCUGGAGGGAAUCAGACUGUCCCUAACUACAAGUGCCAGACACUGAGGAAAUCUGUGGCAGUUACAGAAACUGCGUCAGCAUUUGCAGCUGAGAUUGGAACACUUCUGGAGCUGUACAAAAUCCCACAGGUGACGUAUGGACCUUUUGAUCCUUCCCUGAGUGAUAAAGGCCAAUUUCCACCUCUUUAUCAGGUGUCCAGCAAGGACAGCUCACUCAUGCAUGGAAUGCUUGAGCUACUGCUGCAUUUUGACUGGACGUGGGUGGCACUCUUUUCCUCUGAAGAUAGGGAAGGGGAGCAGUUCCUCUGGGACCUGAAAGCAGAGAUGGUGUGGAUUAUGGUAGCCAAGGGGGAUACUGUUUUGGAUGAGGUGGAAUACGUGCUGCACUCUUUCCACGGAAGUCUCUUCUUUUCACACCAGAAGAGGGAAAUCCCAGGUUUUCAACACUUUGUCAAGACAGUUAAUCCUUCCCAAUACCCGGAAGACUUUUGUUUCAGGAUUGUGUGGAUUCAAAUUUUUAGAUGUUCACUUGCUGGAUUGCAUUGUGGAAAAACCCGAGACUGCCCUCCAAAUUCUUUCUUAGAGUUUAUGCUAGUAAGUGCUGACAUGAUGACCUUGUCUGAAUCCAGCUAUUUCAUCUACAGUGCUGCGUAUGCAGUGGUCCAGGCCCUCCAUGAAAUGCUUUUGGUGAAAACAGAAAUGCGACCUCCAGGAGAUGCAGACCAACCCAUGCUUCUUCCCUGGCAGCUUCACCCAUUCUUGGAUAAAAUGCAGUUUAGAAACAGUGCUAGGGAGCACAGGUCCUUAGAUGAGAAAAGAAACCGUGUGGUGCAGUAUGAUAUCCUGAAUGCUGUGAGUUUUCCAGGUGGUCUUGGGCUCCUGGUGAAAGUGGGAGAGUUUGCUCCAGUGCUUCCUAUGAUGGUCUUGGUGAUCAAUGAAGAGAUGAUAGAAUGGCCUAUUGGGUUCAGAGAGACACCGAAAUCUGUGUGUAGCCAGAGUUGCAUUACAAGAUUCAGAAACGCUCCACAAGAGGGAAGGCCAGUUUGCUGCUUUACAUGUGCUUUUUGCCCAGAGAGACACAUUUCCAACCACACAGAUGCAGAGCAGUGUGUCCAGUGCCCAGCUCAAGAGCACCCCAACCGUGAGAGAAAUCACUGCCUCCCCAAAACUGUAAGCUUCCUGGCCUUUGAGGAUUCCUUGGGGAUGUCCCUGGCCUGCACGGCUCUAUGCUUCUGUGUGGUCACAGCUGUGGUUUUGUGGGUCUUUGUGAAGCACCGAGGCACCCCCAUAGUCAAGGCCAAUAACCGGGCUCUCCACUACGUCCUGCUCAUCUCCCUCCUCCUGUGCUUCCUCUGCUCCUUACUCUUCAUUGGCCGUCCCAACACAGCCACCUGCAUCCUCCAGCAAAUCACAUUUGGAGCUGUGUUCACUGUGGCCGUUGCCACUGUUUUGGCCAAAACCCUUAUUGUGCUUCUGGCAUUCAAGGCCAGGAAACCAGGAAGGACCAUGAGGCUGGUAACAGGAGCUUCUAACUAUGUCAUUCCCAUCUGCUCCCUGAUCCAAGUGAUUAUCUGUGGGGUCUGGCCGGGAACCUCUCCUCCUUUCCUUAAGAUAGACACAGACACACAUUCUGAGCUCAAGAGCCUCAUCAUCGUGUGCAACAAGGGCUUGGUCGCAGCCUUCUACUGUGUCCUGGGAUACCUGGGCUUCUUAGCCCUGGGGACCUUCUCCCUGGCUUUCCUGGCCCGGAACCUGCCCGACACCUUCAAUGAAGCCAAGUUCCUGACCUUCAGCAUGCUGGUGUUCUGCAGUGUGUGGGUCACCUUCCUCCCCGUCCACCACAGCACCAAGGGCAAGGUCAUGGUGGCUGUGGAGAUCUCCAUCUUGGCCUCAAGUGCUGGGCUACUAGGCUGUAUCUUUGCCCCAAAGUGCUAUACUAUUCUUAUGACACCUGAGAAGAACUCUUUGAAAAGUUUCAGAAAUAAAAGAGAUUCUAAGAGGAAUAGGGAUUGA